AAAAGGAAAGAAAGAGAACAAAAAAUGAAUAAGGAAAUGGAGGAGAAAGCAGCAAAAGAACUAGAGAAAGAACAUUUGCAAGAAAAAGCAAAAGAAAAAUAUCAAGAAUGGUUAAAGAAAAAAAUUGCUGAAGAAUGUGAGAAGAAGAAGAAAGAAAAGGAAAAAGAAAAACAACGGCAAGCCGAAUUACAAGAGAAAAAGGAAAUAGCAGAUAAAAAGUUUAAGGAAUGGUUGGAAAAUGCAAAAAGUAAACCUCGUCCAGCUGUAAAGAGCUAUGGUUAUGCCAAUGGAAAACUUACAGGUUUUUACAGUGGAACUUCCUAUCCAGAACCAGCCUUUUGUAAUCCAAUUCCAUGGAAACCAAUUCAUAUGUCACCUCCCAAAGAAGCUAAGGAUCUAUCAGGAAAGAAGAAUAAAAGACCUGUGAUAAGUCAGCCACACAGGUCAUCUCUGGUAAUUCAUAAAGCCAGAAGCAAUCUUUGCCUUGGAACUCUGUGCAAAAUGGAAAGAUAGUAUAUGUGGAAAAUACUAUGCUUUUACCCGAAGCUAUUUAAUUUUGAAAUCAAAAAGAUUUUUUACCUCUCAAUCAGCAAAUUAGUACUUGAUGUGAUUAUUGACAUACUAAUUUUUGUAUUUUAUAUGGAGUCUGAAGGAUUAAUUGAGAAAGGUAUUUUUUAUGUUUUGGUUUUUCUUUUAAGAUUGAUCUUGGCAUAUUGUUUUGCAUGAUAAGUCUAACAAUUGUGCUUAUGUUUAGCUUAUAUUAAAACCACACUGUAAUACCCAUAAAACCAAAAAUUUUUCCUGUAUUAUUUCAUACUCUAUAUUGUUUGCUGAUGUUUAUGUUCAAGAACAUAACAUUAAGAUUAAUUUGUCCAAAUAUGCAUUUCUAAACUGCAUGCUUUUCUAAAUGGGUUAGAAACCAAGAAUAAUCAAAAACAGUCUUUGUUGAUGGCUUUUAGUAUACUUUUCCCAUUUAGAUAUUUUAAAAAUAACUGAGUAAAAGUUUAUUUUGUUACAGAAAUAAGAGUUGGGACUUUCAAAGGAAAAUCUAAAUACAUUGUUUUACACUCUGCAUCUUAGAUUGAUGUGUCAUAAUCUUGAGACCUUAGUAAUAUUGUGCUUUAUUUUGUAAAAAUACUUACACAUUAAUUGUACUUCUUUGUUAGCUUUGAAAUUAGGAUUUUCAUUACAUUAUUUUUUAAUAUUGAAAUGUUAAUUGUUAAGUUUUAUGUUGCUGAGGUUGAAAUCACAGAUCUUAUUAAUAAACACAUUUUAAGGAUAAAAGUUGAAAUGAUUACUAAAAUAGCACACAAUUUGUAUUAAAUUUUAUUAAAUAUGCUUUUUAGGAAAAGCCUGUUAUCUUUUUUAGGGCCUGAGAAAGAAAUGAAAAUUUAUUCACUUUAAAGUGAUUUCUAUUUAGAAUAUAUUCUAUAUUUUUGCCAGAUUAGUCACUGGCCAAGUUUCUGGUGAUCAGGUAAUAUGUUGGACAAUGCAAGGAUAACAGAAUUUUUAAAGUGUAAUCAUGUAAUCACGACUUUAGAAAAAUGCACUUCUAAACAUAGAAUAAUUUGUUAGCAAUCAAUAGGGUUUGUUUAGUCAAAAUGUUGGUGAGAUUUAGGUUUAGUUUGUUUGUUUUUAUGCAAUACUAAGGAUUGAACCUAGAGCCUCAUACUCACUGAGCUAUGCUGAGCUAUGUUUCUGGCCCUUGUGACCCUUGACCAUAUUUCUUAGAACUCCUGAAAUAGUAAAACUUCUAGAUAAUCGUUCUAUUUGAGUAAAUUUUCCUUUAUAGAGAAAAUGUAGAAUUUUUCAGGGUAGCAAUAUUUUUCUGUUAAAAAAUAUAAGUGCAUUUUCUCUAUAAAAGCAAUUUUGGCUUUAUAUAACUCUGUGUGGGGGGGUGUGUGAGAGAGAGAGAGAUGUGUAUCUGAAGUAUCUGAAUUUCUGAGGGUUUCACAUGUAGUUGUUAUAUCUAAUAAACAUUCUAUUUCACAGCUGA